AUGAGUUCCAAUCCAGACUCGAUUGAUCCCAAAGAGGUGAGGGAGGUCCACCACGACGGUGUGCACGCCGCACACCCGAUCGAUGCACCUGCGGAGGGCGGUGAGCGACGACGAACCCACCAUGACAUCCCCGCCCAUGGGCACAACCCUUCGCUACAGAAGAGCGUCGACGAGAACCCCGACCUGACGCUGCACUACUCGCACGAGCAUCAGCACCAGCACCUCCACCACGGCCGCCCCUCACUGGCCGGCAAGCACGAUGAGGUCUUGUACGCGGACGGCACUACCGCCGACAACCACAUGGCCUUCGUCAACAAUAACCCUCAAGAUUAUACGAAGCACCAGCUCCGCAAGCCCUCGGAGCAGAUCAACGAGAAGGAUUUCAGCAACUCAGAGGAUGCCGAAAAGGGAACCGUCGACCCUACGAGGGUCAUGACGAAUGGCUCAGACGAUGGCCAAAAACAUCGCGUCUCGCGAUCUUACGCGAAAUAUAAGAUCUUCGUGCACAUUUUUAUCUGGCUGUUCUUCACCGGAUGGUGGAUCGCCGGCCUCGUUCUGCACCGCACGGACAACCUGGGCUGGCUGAAACCCUUCCUCCUGUAUCUGGCCAUCACCCUCCGUCUGAUCUUCUUCUGGGUUCCCAUUACCAUCGUCACCCGUCCGAUGCAUUGGGCAUGGAACUUCACCGGCGUGCGCGUCUAUCAGGCCAUUCCAGAGAAACUCCGCAUCUGGCUCGCUGCACUGGUGGCACUUGCCGUCAUUCUCAUCGGCUCGUUCGUUUCGGAGGAGUCCGCAGACAAUACGCGCGGCAAUCGUGCGAUUUCCCUGCUCGGUCUUGCUCUGAUGAUCGCCCUUCUCUGGAUCACGUCGCGCGACAGGAGGAAGAUACGCUGGCACACAGUCAUCGGCGGCAUGCUGACUCAAUUCGUCAUCGCCGUUUUCGUCCUGCGGACCAAAGCCGGCUACGACAUUUUCAACUUCAUCUCCUUCCUCGCGCGCGCUCUCCUGGGAUUCGCCGACCAAGGCACUGCCUUCUUGACCGCAGACAGCGUUGUCGAUCUGCACUGGUUUUUGACUGGUGUCGUGCCUCCGAUCAUCUUCUUCGUCGCUCUCGUGCAGGUGCUGUAUUACUUGGGCAUUCUGCAAUGGUUCAUCGGCAAAUUCGCCGUCUUCUUCUUCUGGAGCUUGCGCGUCUCCGGUGCUGAGGCCGUCGUGGCUGCUGCGUCGCCGUUUAUCGGACAGGGUGAAUCGGCAAUGUUGAUUCGACCCUUCGUCCCCCACUUGACGCUCGCCGAAAUCCAUCAGGUCAUGUGUUCUGGUUUCGCUACCAUUGCGGGUUCCGUGUUGGUUGCUUAUAUUGGCCUCGGGUUGAAUCCCCAGGCGUUGGUAUCGAGCUGUAUCAUGUCCAUUCCGGCCUCCUUGGCGGUGUCCAAGAUGCGAUAUCCCGAAACAGAGGAGACGAUUACUUCCGGACGUGUGGUCAUUCCGGACGACGACGAGCACCGCGCGACGAAUGCGCUCCACGCAUUUGCCAACGGCGCUUGGUUGGGUAUCAAGAUUGCGGGCAUGAUUGUGGCUACACUUCUCUGCAUCAUCGCACUUAUCGGUCUCAUCAACGGCCUGCUCGGCUGGUGGGGAAGAUACAUCAACAUCACCCAAGACGGUGAAGCAUAUCUCACCCUGCAACUCAUCCUCGGCUACAUUUGCUACCCCGUCGCUUUCCUGCUCGGCGUCCCGCGCGGCGAUCUCCUCCAGGUCGCCCAACUCAUCGGCAUCAAGGUCGUCGCGAACGAGUUCGUCGCGUAUAACAGUCUGACCAGCGAGGCGCAAUACAUCAACAUGAGCCCACGCUCAAGGCUGAUUGCGACCUAUGCUCUUUGCGGAUUCGGCAACUUCGGAUCUCUAGGCACCCAGAUCGGCGUGUUAUCACAGAUCGCUCCGUCUCGCGCUGGUGACGUCUCCCGCGUGGCCCUUUCCGCCCUGUUCUCUGGCGUCCUGUCGACAUUGACGAGCGCCAGUAUCGCGGGCAUGCUCGUCACGGACCAGGUCACCUUGAGCCAGGAGACCGGGUCGUAG